AUGUUAUUGUGCCUCUGUAUUUUACUAACUUUCUCCCACUGUUCUGCAAGUGAAGAUAUCACAUACCAUAUUAAAGAAGAGAAUAGUCCCUACACCUAUGUAGGGGACAUAGCUACUGACUUACAGAAAUCAGACAACUCCUUAAAAAAUAAGGAUUUAAUUACAUUUAGUCAACGACAACAGAAGGGAGAACAAUUGUUCAAUGUGACGAAAACAGGUAAACUGUACACUGUUCAGACAUUGGAUGCUGAGUCUGUGUGUAGUUAUGAGAAAGAAUGUUUUGAAACCAUUCAAGUUGCUGUUAACAAAUCCAAGACAUUUAUGAAGAUCUUAAAGAUUAAAGUCAUAAUAGAAGACAUCAAUGAUCACCAACCUGAGUUUCCUAAGAAAGAAUUUACACUAAAAUUUAAGGAAGAAGAUCGAGAAGGUAUAAAGAAAACUAUUCCCAGUGCUAUGGAUAACGAUAUAGGAAAUAAAAGCAGUUCAAUCAAAUAUAAAUAUCAUGGUGAUGAACAUUUUUCAUUAUCUGUCUCUAAACAAGCUGACGGAUUAUCAUCAUUAGCAAUUAUUUUAGAAAAGAAAUUAGAUAGAGAAAAGAAAGACAGUUACAAUAUCGAAGUCAUUGCUAAAGAUGGGGGAACUCCACCAAAACAAUCUGUGCUAAAGUUUAAAAUAUCUGUAGAAGAUGAAAAUGAUAAUGAACCAAAAUUUUCCCAAAGUAUCUACAAUGUCUCUAUAGAACAUAAGCAUAAAAAGAAUAUUCCAGUAGUCACAUUAUCUGCCAGUGAUUUAGAUAUUGGCAGGAAUGGUAAAAUAUCAUAUUACUUUAGUCCGAGAACUGAUAUGAAGAUAAGGAGACAUUUUAAUUUAGAUGAAAAAACUGGAAAAAUAUACUUAAACUCUACAUUACUUGAAGAGAAAUUUUUUGAAUUUUAUGUUGUGGCUAAAGAUAAUGGAAGUUCUCCUCUCAAUUCCAUAGCUACUGUUAUGGUAAAUGUCAUCAACCAACUGAACAAUCCUCCAAAUAUUGAUGUGAACUUUAUUUCUACACAGAAUCACAACACAGCUACCAUUCUGGAAGAUAUCAAAGUUGGUAGUUUCAUUGCUGAUGUGAUGGUCACUGACAAUGAUGUUGGACACAAUGGACAGGUGAACUGUCAUAUCAAAGACGACACAUUCAAACUACAAUCAAUGGGAUCAAAGGAAUAUAAAAUAGUUCUAAAGAAAGCAAUCUGUCAAUCCAAGUGCUAG